GCAGCAUGGCGGACGCAAAGCCCCAAGCCAUCAAGAGGAAGCGUGACUGGGACGCGGAGGAGGCGCAAGCCCCCAGUCCCGAGCAGAAGGAAGGCGGCGUUGGAAACGGCACUUCUGCUCCCGCCAGCUUACCGUUCUCCGGCUUUAGAGUUCAGAAAGUGCUGCGGGAGUCUGCGCGGGACAAAAUCAUUGUCUUACAUGGGAAGGUACCAUUGGGCAGACUCUGGGUGAAUGAGGCUUCUGGUCCAGGCGAUGGAGAAGAUGCUGUUGUCAUCAUGGAGAAGACGCCAUUUCAAGUGGACCAGGUGGCCCAGCUGCUGACGGGCAGCCCUGAGCUCCAGCUGCAGUUCUCCAAUGACAUUUACAGCACCUACCACCUGUUCCCUCCAAGGCAGCUGAGUGAAAUAAAGACGACCGUGGUCUACCCUGCCACAGAGAAACACCUGCAGAAGUACCUGCACCAGGACCUCCACCUGGUCCGGGAGACAGGCGAUGACUAUAAGAAUGUUACCUUGCCCUACCUGAAGUCCCAGAGUCUCAGCAUCCAGUGGGUGUAUAACAUUCUCGACAAGAAAGCUGAAGCUGACCGGAUUGUUUUCGAGAACCCAGAUCCCUCAGAUGGUUUUGUCCUCAUCCCCGACCUCAAGUGGAACCAACAGCAGCUUGAUGACCUGUACUUGAUUGCCAUCUGCCAUCGCCGGGACAUCAAAUCACUCCGGGACCUGACCCCAGAGCACCUGCCGCUGCUCAGGAACAUCCUCCGUGAGGGCCAGGCAGCCAUCCUGCAGCGCUACCAGGUGAAGGGGGACCGGCUCCGUGUGUACCUGCACUACCUGCCCUCCUAUUACCAUCUGCACGUGCACUUCACCGCCCUGGGCUUCGAAGCCCCUGGGUCUGGGGUAGAACGAGCGCACCUGCUGGCCGAGGUGAUCGAGAACCUGGAGUGCAACCCCUCACACUACCAGCAGCGCACACUCACCUUCGCCCUCAGGGCUGACGACCCCCUGCUCAAGCUCCUGCAGGAGGCUCAGCAGCGCUGAGUGCACGUCAGGAGAGGCACAGAUGUGCAAGAGGCUGGGCCCGGGGGAGUGUGCAUUUUUAUCUCCAUUUUUUUAAAAUGUGUUUUGUACUAGCUUGUUCUGUGUGUGUGUGAAUAAAGACCCAUACUCAUUCAGUGAGGAGAGGGCUAGCUGCAGCUGGGAUGACAGGUGGUGAGGGGAAGGCCCUGAGGAGGCAGGAGCCUCCGCAGGGGCUCCAGGCUGCCCUGAGCAGGUGCAUACCACCAGCUGCUGUCUUUAUUUUGAGCUCGUCUCUUCCUGUUCCCACCCCUUCUCAUUCCACUGCCACGUGCCUCCCUCCAUCCCCAACAAGGCUCUUUUGAGGAGUUCUCCCAAGCAACAAGACUCAAAACCUUUCCAGAAAUAGCCUGUGGGGUCCUGACAUUGCUUCUCCCUCCCCUGCCCAGUGCUGAGGUCAUA